AACAUUCCAAAUGAACACAUGCCCAAACCUGGAUCACAAAAUGAGAGCUGUGGGUUGAGUCCAUAUUCUGUGCUAUAGAGCUGACUGUCCUCUUCUCUCCCAGGGCAACCACUUUGACCAGUAUGAAGAAGGGCACCUGGAGAUAGAGCAGGCGUCCCUGGACAAGCCCAUCGAAUCGCCCAGUUUUUAAAGCCAGGAUAAUAUCGGACACCGCUUACUGCAGAAGCAUGGCUGGAAGCUGGGCCAGGGCCUGGGCAAGUCGCUGCAGGGGAGGACGGAUCCCAUCCCAAUUGUCGUCAAGUAUGAUGUCAUGGGCAUGGGGCGCAUGGAGAUGGAGCUGGACUACGCCGAGGAUGCCACUGAGCGGAGGCGAGUGCUGGAAGUGGAGAAGGAAGACACCGAGGAGCUGAGGCAGAAAUACAAGGAUUAUGUGGACAAGGAGAAGGCGAUCGCCAAAGCUUUGGAGGAGCUCAGGGCCAACUUCUACUGUGAACUGUGUGACAAGCAGUACCAUAAACACCAGGAGUUUGACAAUCACAUUAACUCAUACGACCACGCUCACAAGCAGAGGUUGAAGGAUCUCAAGCAAAGGGAGUUUGCUCGUAACGUCUCCUCGAGGUCAAGGAAGGAUGAGAGGAAGCAGGAGAGGGCCCUGCGGCGCCUGCACGAGCUGGCUGAGCAGCGGAGGCAGCCGGAGUGCGCUCCGGGAAGCGGCCCCAUGUUCAGAACCACCACCGUGGCUGUGGAUGAGGAAGGUGGGGACGACGACGACGCUGCGGCCAACAGCAGCUCAUUCACCCCGUCGUGGGGCGCAGGAGGGGAGAUGGGCACAGACAGGGGCUUCCUAAAUGUGGGGCAGGUUGGUGGCAGCACCGUGCCAGGCCAGGCACCGCUGCAGGCAGCGCAAGCCGUCAGCUUUGGCAUGAAGGGUGCACUGGGAACCCCGCUGCAGAAGAUCGGUGUGUCCUUCUCCUUUGCCAAGAAGACUCCGGUGAAGCUGGAGACCAUCGCGUCGGUGUUCAAGGACCACGUGGAUGAAUCGAGUUCUGCAGAUGGAGCAAAAGCUGAUGAGAAAGGGUCCUCAGAUGGAGGGGGGCUGCAGAAAGCCGGAGAGGGAGAAAGCACCAACAGCUCGGAUGGCAAGGGAGAGGAUGACGACCACGACAAGGACAGUGGGUCUCUGGCCACCACGCUGUCUAAGCUGAAAAAGAUGCGGCGAGAGGACGGGCCGACGGCAGUUGAACCAGAAUAUUACCAUUAUAUCCCCCCGGCCCACUGCAAAGUAAAGCCCAACUUCCAGUUCCUGCUCUUCAUGAAGUCCACAGAACAAACGGAAGCUGAAAACGUGAACAAAAAAAAUGCAAAUGAAAUGAGAAAGGGAAAUUCCCCCAAACCCAAACCCAGCAAACACGCAGAGAAGGCGGCUGAGAGCGCAGCGCAGCCCAAGGAGCAGAGCGCACCUGAAAGCAGUGUGCAGCAGGGCAAGGCAGAGCAGAAGGAAGAGAUAGAGGAUGUGAGUGCACAGGAGAACAAGGACCUGGCAGAGAGCAGCCUGCCUGAGCCAGGAGUGCCCGGCGAUGCCGCCCAGCCUGCCCCAAGCUGUAGGGAUGUCCCAGAGGGGCCCAGGCCGCCCCCGGGGCCCUUCAUUCCGGUUCUGAGUAAGGACGAGAGCACCACUCUGCAGUGGCCUUCGGAGCUGAUGAUAUUUACCAAGGCAGAGCCGUCUGUUUCCUACAGCUGCAAUCCUCUGUACUUUGAUUUCAAGCUCUCCCGCAACAAAGAUGCCAAAGGGAAAGGGGCUGAGAAGUGCAAGGAUACAGGUGGGAUGUGCAGGGAGAACAUCCAGAGCGCAGAGCUCGGGGAGGGGAGCAAAGCCAAGGAGCCCGACAGCGUAACCGACGGCUCCGGGGGAGCAGAGAGCAGAUCGAUGUGCCAGGGCCGGCAGGAGGGCAGCCUGCAGGACAGGGACGAGGAGGAGGGUGAAGGUGAUGAGAGCGGGAGGAGCGGGAGCGGCCGGGGUAAAACCGGGAAAUCCCACAAACACAAAAAGAAAAAGAAGCACAAAAAGUCCAGCAGACACAAACGGAAACACAAGGAGGAGCCCGAGGAGAAGAGCCGCAGAACUGACAUGGGAGAGGAGAAACCCAGGAAGAGGAGGCGGCACCGGCACAAAAAGGUGAAGUCUUCCCUUUGUAGCGAGUCGGGGCGGGCGCUGCGGGCUGAGCUGCCUGAGGACUGCGGCCAUGGCCUAAAGAAGCAGCAGCGCAGCUCGCAGGACUCGCAGCGGAAAUCACUGUCGGCAGAGGAGGGCAGCAGCAGCGGCAGGAAGGACGACAGCGGCGCCUCGUGCCCCGAGCGCGGCCCCAAGAAGCGCAGGGCUGCACGACGCCGCUGCCUACAGCGCCGCAGCCGCAGGAGCAGCGCGGACGAGGAGGACAGUGAUGAGGGCUCUGGGGGGAAGCGCUCGCGGGACAGCGACGACUACGGGUCGGGCAGCGAGCGCUCGCGGAGCCGCUCUGCAUCAGGGCGCGGGCACUCGUCGCGGCGAUCAUACUCCAGCAGCUCUGACGCCUCGAGUGAGCGCAGCCGCUACAGCCGCCGCAGGAGCUACAGCGACAGCUACAGCGACUACAGCCAGCGCUCACGGUGCUCCAAGCGCUCACAGGACUCAGAGGAUGAUUCUGACUACAACAGGUCGAAGCGACGCAAGUACUCGUCAUCAGAAGAUUACAGCUCCAGUAGGAGCCGCUCCAGGAGCCGCAGCAGGAGAUCGAGGACGCGCAGCCGGGGCCGCACACGGAGCAGCAGCUGCAGCCGCAGCCGCAGCAAGAGGAGGAGCCGCAGCAUGACGGGGCGCAGCUGGAAGCGCAGCCGCAGCUACAGCCGCGGGCGCAGCACCAGGAGCCACUCGCAGCGCUCGGUGUCCAGGAAGGGCUCGAGGGGCCACGACAGCCCCGAGGAGAGGAGGUCAGGCAGGAGGGACUUCAUCAGGUCCAAGAUCUACCGCUCCCAGUCGCCGCAUUACUUCCGAGCGGCGCGGGGCGAAGGGGCCGUGAAGAAGGAGGAUGGCAAAGCGGAGGAGAGCAGGGGGUCCCAGAACAGCAGCUCGGGCACCAGCCGCACAUCGGAGGGGGACUGCAGCCCCGAGGAGAGGAACUCGGUUACCGCCAAACUGCUGCUGGAGAAGGUGCAGUCCCGCAAGGUGGAGAAGAAGCCCUGUGUCACUGAUGAGGUGCUGCCAGGGGCUGGCAAGGUGGGCAUCAAGCUGAAGGACCCCCCGCAGGGCUACUUCGGCCCCAAGCUGCCGCCUUCCUUGGGCAACAAACCCAUGCUGCCCUUAAUCGGGAAACUGCCGACGGUGCGGAAACCCAAUGCCAGGAGGUACGAGGAGAGCGCGGAGCGCGGCGAGGAGCUGUCGGACUCGGACGGGGCGGAGGACGCGGUGCCGGGUGGGCAACCAUUGCCGGGGGACCCGACCGUGGAGGAGCCAAAGCGGGAGGAGGAGCUGCCCGCUGUGCCCAUGGAGGCGCCGGCGCUGCCCGAGUGCUUCGGCUCUGGGGACCUGGUGCUGCCGCACGCCUUCCUGGCUGCCCCGGGUGAUGCUGAAGCACUGGAGCCCAUGGAUGGCAGCGGGCAGCCCGUGCCCGUGGAGGCGGCCAUGAUGCCGCUGGUCCCCGACGUGGAGCACUUCCCCGGGUACGUGCCGCAGGGCGCCGAGCCCGGCAUGGAGGGGGAGCGCGAUGGCGGGGAGGACUCAUCGCUGGCGCCGCUGGAGAGUCAGCCCAUCACCUUCACACCCGAGGAGAUGGAGAAGUACAGCAAGCUGCAGCAGGCGGCGCAGCAGCACAUCCAGCAGCAGCUCCUGGCCAAGCAGGUCAAGGCUUUCCCCGCGUCGGCUGCUCUGGCCCCGGCGGCUCCUGCCCUGCAGCCCAUACACAUCCCGCAGCCCGCGGCCGCCUCGGCCACGUCCAUCACCACGGUGCAGCACGCCAUCCUGCAGCACCACGCCGCCGCCGCCGCCGCCGCCAUCGGCAUCCACCCACACCCCCACCCGCAGCCCCUGGCCCAGGUGCACCACAUCCCGCAGCCCCACCUGGCGCCCAUCUCCCUGUCCCACCUCACCCACUCCAUCAUCCCGGGUCACCCCGCCACCUUCCUCACCAGCCACCCCAUCCACAUCAUCCCGGCCUCCGCCAUCCAUCCCGCUCCCUUCACCUUCCACCCCGUUCCCCACGCUCUCUACCCGACGCUCCUCGCCCCACGUCCCGCUGCCGCCGCCGCCGCCACCGCGCUGCACCUGCACCCCCUGCUGCACCCCAUCUUCUCAGGGCAGGACCUGCAGCACCCCCCGAGUCACGGCACAUGAAGGGCGGCCGCGGGGGGAACGGUGUCUGUUGUGCUCGGGGUGAAGCUGAGCAGGUGGAAGCUGAGGAUGGGAUUCACGUUCACCUCGAGCAGCCAAAGAAACACGGAGGGGUCGCACGUGUGGGGCGCUGUGACGGGACCGACAAUGGGACGUUGUGGGACCCCCAUGGGCUCAAUGCAUCGACUGGUGGCGCCCCCAGAGGCCUCUGACGGGGCAGUGUUCAAUGGGCUCCAGUGGGACGCUGCAGUGGGACCUGUCUCCAAUUGGGCUCUGGGGGGUCCCUAGAGGACAUGGAAUGGGCUCCAGUGGGACACCGGGUGGCACCUGCGGUGGGCUGUGAGAUGACAUCGGGUUGGACCCCAGGGGGACCCCAAUGGGCUCCAAUUGGACUUCAGUGGGACACCCAGUGAGCUCCAAUGGGACUCAAUGGGAUCCAAUGGGAUCCAAUGGGACUCAAUGG